AAUUGACAGUAUACUCCUUCACUUUUAACAUAAUCAAUAGCAGGAACACUCAACUUGCACUUCCCAACUGCGCUCGUAGAAAAUGGCGUCCGUGAACGUGAAAAUUAUCAUUGGUGAUUUCACCAAGGUUUUCAGGUUCUCCGUCGACAGUUUUGUCGCCGAUGCUAUCAAGGAAAUUCAGCACAAAUUGGGUCAAGAAGGCGGUGACCACGGUCUGUAUCAACCCGCAUACAAAGGAAAAAAGGCCCGAUGGUUGAAGGGAAACAGAACGUUGAAGUUUUAUAACAUUGUCAAUGACACCGAGCUAGAGUACAAGAAGAAGCAUCGAAUACUGAAGAUCAAGUUGCCCGACGAGUCUCAGAGGUCCAUAUUGAUAGAUGCGUCGUUGCCUAUACGAGACAUUAUUCAGGCGGUGGGCGAGAAGUUGAUGAUCAAGGACUUCGACCAAUACGGCAUGAGGCGUCCGAACGCGCCGGAGACCGAGUGGCUGGACUCGAACAGACUGCUCUGCGAGGAGGACGUGCCGGACGACGAGAUUCUGCUGUUCGCGAAGAAGCUGUUUUACAACGACUUUACCGUGGACAAGGACGACCCGAUGCAGUUGCACUUGAUAUACGUCCAGGCCAGCAAUUCGGUGGUUAACGGCAAGUACGACCCGCUGCAGCGCCGAGAGGUGGUGGACUUGGCCGCGAUGCAGGCGCAGAUUUUGUACGGGAAUUACGAUGCGGCGCGGUUCCAGAAGAUGCAGUUGGACUUGGCGAAGUUGGUGCCGGCGUCGUGGAGGAAGGACAAGAAGAUUGAGAAGGAGAUCAUUAAGGAGUAUCAGAAGUUGGUGGGGACCAACGAGAUCAACGCCAAGUAUCGUUACCUGCAGAUCGUGCGUUCGUUGAAGACCUACGGGAUUUCGUUCUUCGAGGUUAGCGAGAAGGUUAAGGGGAAGAAGAAGAUGCAGAAGGCGUAUUUGGGAAUUACGAGAGACCGCAUUUUGAAGUUGGACGGCGAGACGCGCGAGACGGUCAAGGAGUGGGGGAUUGAGCAGUUGAGGCGUUGGGCGCCGACGAACAAUUCGCUGACUCUGGACUUUGGCGAUUACGAGGAGGAUUACGUGGUGCUGCAGACGGAGGAGGGUGACCAGAUGUCUCGAAUGAUUGCGGAUUACAUCGACAUCAUUCUGAAGGCGCAGGGCGGCGUGGGGCAGAUAGAGACGGAGGACAACAGUAAGGACGCAUACGUGGGUUCGGUGAUGGCCGCGUCGGGGAUAGCGAUGAAUUCGAUUACUUCGUCGGUGUCGACGAACUACGCGCCGAUUGGGAACUAUCCGAGUUCGAUGGUGAUGCCUCAGCACGUGGGGUCGAUCAUGCAGCCGAACGCGGUGGAGUACUCGGCGCAGGGGGUGAUGUCGCCGGCGCCCUCUUCGAUGGCGGGCAGUCCGUCGUCGCUGCAGGCGCAGCGGCCGUCGAUUUUCCCGCAGACGCAGUCGUUUUUGGUGAACGACCUGCCGUCGGCGAUAGACAGUUUGAACGUACUGUCCGCGGAGUUGGACAACGGUUUGAAGGGGUUCACGAGCACGAGCACGCUGUCGCCGCAGCAGUGGGCGAACCAGUUGGAGACGAGCAACCAGGAGUUUUCGGCGAGUUUGAGCGAGUUGCUGAAGAACGCGCGCGGAGAGUUCGCGAACUGGGACGUGAACGCGAUCGAGGCCCAGGCGCAGGACCUCCAGUUGAAGACGCUGGCCGUCGCGGUGUCGGCGAAGCACGUGGCUGCGUUCGAGAACGACGCAUCGCUGUUGAACAGCGCGAAGUCGGUCUCUCAGUCGAUGGUGGACUUGCUGACGCAGAUUCGAAGUUGCACGGAGAACCCGCAGGCGCCGCCGUCCCCGAGGCAGUUGAAGAAGUUGGCUCAGGCGGAGAAGAGGGCGAAGCUCGCGAUGUUUUCGAUGAGUCAGGCGGCGAAUCACAACUACGUGGACGAGGGGACGGAGAUGUUUUUGCAGGAGUGUGUGGCGAACAUCAGCAGUUCGAUAGAGGACGUGGUGGACAGCACGUUGUUGGCGAUUGAGGACGUGACGUCUCCGGAGAUCAAGUCGCCUCUGCAGAGCGAGUUCGACGACGCGUCGAUUUACCUGGACUGGGUGGCGGACAACUUGGCGUCGCUGGUGCCGAUCGCGUCGGCUCCGGAGUCGCAGAGCAAGAUUAGCGAGAUCACGGGUGAGGCGAAGGUGAGGAUUGACGACUUGAUCGGCAAGGUGAUGGAGAUCGACGAGGUGACGGAGCCGAAGAAGGCGCGGUUGGAGUCUUCCCAGCAGCGAGUGAACAAGUGCGUGAGCAUGUUCAACUUGGCGGCGGGACUUGGGGAGAAGCACCUGAAGACGGUGAGCAGUUUCGACCUGAACCAGGACAAGCCGUUGAUGGACGCGUUGUCGCAGAUACGGGAGAACAUCGACUCGCCGAAGAUGCUGGUGGGUCCGACGAAGACGUGCGUGAACGCGCUGAACGACGUGAUUAACAGCGUGAAGGACAUUUGCGAGAUUUGCGACCCGAGCAUGAGGGAGCGGAUGACGAGGGCGGGGAGGAACAUUGGUCAGACGUCGGAGGCGCUGCUGGAGUCGGUGAAGGCGCUGAACAAGAACCCCGGGGACCAGCAGAGUCGAGAGGAGAUUUUGGAGGCGGUUGGCAAGUUGGAGACGUACAUUGAGGACAUAGAGGGGGACGCGGGGCCGAAGGCGGCGAUGUUGAAUUUGAACUACACGACGAAGGCGAUGUUGGCGAAGGUGAUUCGGACGAAGAACUGCGUGGAUUCGGCGCUGAACGAGGUGUCGGAUCCGAGUGCUCGGAGCGCGUUGGCGGGGGUGUCGGAGCAGCUGGAGUCGAACAUGAACCGCGUGUUGCCGGCGUUGAUGAAGACGGUGUCGAAUCCUGGCAACACGCAGGCGCGUCAGGAGUUGCAGUCGGCGAUCAAGUUGGUGACGCCGCCGAUUUACGAGAGCAUUGUGCUGGCGAAGAAGAACCAGAAGAGCGUGAGCGACCUGAACAAGAAGCAGGAGUUGGCGUACGCGUGCGAGGAGUUGAGCAACGCGCUGAAGAGGUUGGACAAGUCGUCGAAGAUGGUGACGGCGAUGCAGAAGCAGCCGGAGAUAGAGGACGCGAUGCACGAGUUGGACAUAGUGCGAGCGGAGUUGGACGCGAUGGAGUUCGCGUUGUCGAGUGGGGGCGCGUUGAACUCGACGGGGGUGGGUUUGGAGAGUGCGCGGGACUUGUGUCGCGUGUCGGGACAGACGUUGACGGAGAGCAUUGACGCGAUGAUAGAGGACGCGCUGACGAGCGGGACGGUGUCGAACACGGUGAAGAAGGUGUCGUCGGCGAUGACGCAGAUGGCGGUGGCGGUGAGGGCGAUGGCGGGUUCGUACGAGGACGCGGCGACGCAGAAGUCGGUGAUUGAGUCGGCGCAGGGGAUGCUUGGGAAGGUUUCGGACGUGGUGAGGAGGUCGAGGAUGGUGGGGCCGCCGGAGGACGAGUCGAAGAGGUUGACGUUGGAGUCGGGACAGAUGAGGCCGUUGCGGGAGGAUUACGAGGAGUACAGGGAGAAGUUGAGCGAGUUGCUGAACACGGGUCAGGGACAGGACACGCAGUUUAUAGACGAGUCGUUGGGAGAGAUGAGGAGCGAGAGGUUGAAUUUGGCGCGGUCGCCGCCGAGCGUGGCGUCUGGGAAUGCGGCGGAGUCGAUGGAGAAUUACGUGACGGCGAUGAAGGGCGUGGCGACGGCGUCGUCGGAGUUGGCGAAUUUGGUGGCGUCGAGGGGUCGAGGGGUGGCGCCGAUGGUGAGUUUGCUGUCGAGCGUGACGGCUCGGUUGAUAAAGUGCGCGAACGAGGCGGUUGCGUCGACGCCGGAGAGGGCGGGUGCGCAGAGGGUUAUAGAGGCGACGUCGAGGGUGGUGGACGACGCGGAGAGCGUGUUGGAGAGGACGAAGGGGGUGUUGGAGAAGGACACGUUUGCGGCGGUGGCGGCGUUGAAGGAGGCGAACGACGUGUUGGUGGCGGACGUGGCGUCGGCGUCGAGGGUGUCUACGUCGGCGUGCACGGGGUCGAUUAACAGGAUAAUGGAGAUGAUGGCGUCGUUAGACAAGCCUGGGAAGGGGGUGGAGAAGAAGUCGUUGGAGGCGGUGCUGGACGAGUUUACGCGUUGUUCGGAGUCGCUGGGGUCGGUGGUGCCGUCGGUGGUGUCGGCGAGCACGCACGAGGCGUUGGACAGGCAGUCGGAGAGGUGCGCGGCGGCGGUGCAGAAGUUGGUGGAGGCGACGCAGUCGGCGAUGUCGUUGUCGGAGGCGCCGGUGGACGAUCGGUUGGCGAAGUUGGACCAGUACCUGGGACAGAUGCAGUCGACGUGCGGGAGGUUGGAGGAGAGCGAGGACAAUUUGUCGGAGGCGGUGGCGCUGUCGAAGUCGGCGGGGAUGACGGCGACGGACUUGUUGUUGUUCGCGAAGCAGGUGGCGUCGGAGUUGUCGGCGCCGGAGCACAAGUCGCAGCAGCAGGCGAUAUUGAGGGCGGCGAAGCAGAUGGCGAGCACGACGACGACGUUGGUGAAGGCGUCUUCGGGGAUUGGUGCGAAGAGCUCGAGGGAGGGGAUAGAGCAGCUGGUGCAGUGCGCGAAGGCGUUGUCGCAGCGCACGCGCGAGUUGGAGAGCGCGAUCAAGGAGAGCGUGAAGCAGACGGGUCUGAUGCAGGGUGGACAGAGGGAGUUGGGUGGGGUGGAGGCGGGCGUGUUGGACGGGUUGGUGAGCGCGUCGAAGCAGGUGGCGUUUUUGAACGCGAAGUUGCUGAACACGGCGCAGUCGUCGUUGCCGAAGAAGGGCGCUCGCGACGCGAAGGGGGCGCAGCAGUUGAACCAGGUGGUGGACCAGGUGACGUCGGCGAUGGGGGACUUGGUGUCUUGCUACUCGUCGUUGCACCCGAGCACGAGGGAGGUGUCGGAGUUGGAGUCGAAGUUGUUGGAGAAGUCGUCGGCGAUGAACAUGCAGGUGAUGAGGGCGAUUGCGGGGGGCGCGGUGGCGGCGCCGGAGUCGGGGCAGAACAGGGUGAGUUGCCAGAACAGGUUGGCGGAGGUGUCGGGGAGGUUCGCGGAGAGGUUGUCGGAGCUGGCGGAGUCGGUGAAGGAGGGGGACGCGCAGAGGACGUCGAGGAGCGUGAGAGAGGUGGGGCGGUCGGUGGACGAGUUUUGCGAGGCGGCGUCGGGGUGCAUUGCGACGGGGGUGUCGAGGGCGGAUCGCCUGAAGCAGGCGCAGGGAGCGAAGCGGGUGCUGGACGCGUUGAACGUGGUGCUGCAGCAGGUGAGGGACCAGUCGGUGGGAGCGGGAGCGGAGGGGGCGAGGGAGGUUGGCGCGAACAUAUUGAGGGUGUCGGAGAUGUUGGAGUCGGUGGGUGGUCGCGCGGUGGCGGGGAUGGAGACGAUUGACGAGGCGUUGGAGAGAGUGUCGAAGUGCAGCGAGUACGUGAGUGGGCCGGUGAGGGCGGCGAAGGCGGGCGUGAACGUGGAGGCGGUGAACAAGGAGAUUCAGGACUUGGUGGUGCAGGAGUUGAUGGGUGCGGUGCAGGAGUUGGCGAUAACGACGCCGAGCACGAUGGGGAGGUUGAGCAAGGUGCUGCCGAAGGCGGUGAGGACGAUAGAGAGGGUGUGCCAGAAGUUGGUGGAGACGCAGGCGCCAGGGGAGGAGUACGAGGAGAAGGUGGGCGCGUUGAAGAGCUUUUUGCAGGCGAUGCAGGCGAAUUUGGAGAAUUUGAAGCAUUUGGCGAUGAAUCCGUCGGAUUUGAACGCACAGAUGUUGCAGUCGGACUCGUCGAUGCAGUUGUUUGGCGGGUUGUCCCGUUUCUUGGAUUCGAUGCGCGGGGUGGAGCAGAGCAUGUCGAUGUGCGAGCGCGCGUUGGAGGGGAUAAACCGGUUGUUGGCGCAGGUGUCGUCGGCGUCGCUGUUCGUGAACGUGAACCAGCAGCCGGCGUCUUUGGAGAACGAGGCGGUGCAGAGCACGGUGCUGGGGUACCAGAGCGAGAUCAGCGACAUCUUGAACGAGUCGGUGCGUCCGUGCCUGGCGAGGGAGGGUUCGUCGAAGUCGUUGGGGAGGGUGGCGACGUCGCUGCACGAGGAUUUGGAGAAGUUGGUCAAUUUGUCGUUGAAGGCGGCGAACGGGAUGAACAACGUGUCGACGCAGCAGUCGCUGCUAUCGGGGAUCAAGGCGCUGAACCACCGGGCGCACCAGUACAUUUUGGUGUCUCGGAACUUCGAGCAGAACCAGAGCGACCCGGCGCUGUUGCCGAUGGUGAGUUCCGCCGAGGCGUCGUUGAGAAAGGCCGUGGACGAGUUUUGCGACCUGAACAAGGGCGCGGUGGACACGCAGAACACGUGUUCGAACCAGCUGCGCACUACGAAGAGGGGUUUGGAGGCGGUCAUGAACCGCGACUUCAGGGAGGGCAAGCCGUCCGCGUUGACGAGCGCGACGAUCGACAACCUGUUCCACAACGCGCAGUCGUGUUCUAGCGUUUUGACGGACGUGGUUUUGGCGACAUCGCAGGCGGACCUGAUAGAAUCUACGAGGAGCCUGCAGAAGUGCAUCGAGGCGCUGUCGGCGGACGCGAUUACGGUGACCAAGGACCCCUCGGUGGCGCCAGCGGUUCGAGCCGAAAUUCAAGAGACGAUCAAGAACCUCUGCAAGUCCUCGAUUGAGCUUUUGGACGCCAUCAACAUGACGCGCGAGAAUCCGAAGAACGCGCCGCAGAUUGACGAGUGCUCUUCGUCGGUUUCCGCGGCACUGCAGGCCAUGUACGACGCGCUCAAGAAGCUGCCAAACACGCCUCAGAACGUACUUUCUGUCGACACACUUGGCAUCGAUGUUGACGAGCGCGCGUCUGCGGAGCUCAGCAAGUGCGCCAAGGUGCUGGAGGACGCGUGCCAGUCGCUGAUCAACUCCAUGCCGUCUUCCCCGCCGGUCAGGGCGGCCUCCGCACUCGGCUCGGAGCCCGUCGGGAAGAGCCCGUCGGAGCUGGUCAACGGCGCGAUUCGCUCUCCCUCCGAGACGGUCUACACCCCCGUCGUGACCGGCGCUCUGGAAAUCACGAAGGCGAGCGCGCGGCUGAUCGUGGACGCGACCAACAUCCAGAACGAGCGAGCCAAGCACCGAAAGGAAAUCAAGGCUCCCCACGAGAAGUAUCGCAACGACCCCACCUGGGCGAAUGGCCUCAUCUCCGCUGCCCGCUCGGUCGCCUUCUCCGUCGAGCAGCUCGUGUCCGCAGCCAAGGCCGCCAUCCGCCAAGAGGUCGACAAGGAGGUGCUGACCGCGUCCGUCCACGCCGUCUCCAGCUCGACCGCUCACUUGGUCAGUGCGUCUCGAGUCAAGGCGGAUCCCAACUCCAAGCUGCAAAUCUCCCUGUCAGAGUCCGCCAGCGCGGUCAACCGAGCCACCGCCGCGCUCUUCCAAAGCACCCAGCCCAUCUUCAAGCAGCAAGAAGAGCGUCCGUCCGCCGAAGACAUCCCCAUCGUCCCGGGCGUCACCAGCGCCAAGGCCAAGUUCGACCAGCAAAUCCGCAUCCUGCGCCUGGAGGCCGAGGUCGAGCGCGAGCGGCGCCGCCUAGCGGAGAUGAAAAGAAGCGAGUACCAGAGCUGAGAGCGCCCCGUCCGCGUUGUAAGUGCCAAAAAAAAAAAAAGAAAUAUUUUUUUUUCCCGUAGCCGCGCAUAAAACUGAUGCAUUCUACAACCACAAUAAACAGGGGUGUACCUGUCAUUUUUUUUUUUUUUUUUUAG